AUGGCCUGCAAUAAUAUGAAACCAAAAUCCCAGAAAUAUUUGGUGAGGAAUAAGCUUGCAGCAAAGCCUGCUACUUAUUCAACCACAGUGUCCGCUGAUAUUCCCCUUUACGAGACUCCCCAGGAUGGGCCUAGAGCUUUCGUUGCCACCUUUCCAGGAAAUCAUGGUAUCCAACAGCAUACUCAGAAUAUAUGGCCAAUGAUUGACUUCAGGUUGGGAUGCAAAUCAAAAGGCAGAGAUUACCCGCCACAAGUUCCUCAAGAUGUCACAAAAGUUCUUGAAUUUCACACUACAAGAUGGCAACUCCAAGGGCUUGAUAAUUUUAUUGAUCCGUCGUAUUUCAAACUUGCUGUGAACGGAAGAUUGUACCCGGAUAGAAGAGGCAACAAAAGCCAGAUCAGGGGCGACUCCGAGCUGAACAUAAGCAUCAUGUAUCCUCCGGCGUUCACGCUGAUUCCGGACGGUAUUCGCGACAGUCUUGUGAAAGGGGUAAUGGAAGAGAUAGCUAAGAGGAUGACACAGAAUGUGGACGAUAGGCGGCUUGCAGAUUAUAGAAAAUUCAAGAAUGAGAGAUCCGAUAAGCGCCGGAACCUCACCAAACUUUAA